UUCUGCCGGUGCUGAUGGAGGUGGUCCAGGGGCCUGACCGUCUUCCUGCUGGUGAGGACUUACAGGAAAUGCUGAGCGGAAAACUGCGGCUUCUGCAAGUGGACAGCGCUGAAGUCAACAACCUGUUCCUGGAGUUGUCCACUCAUCUUCUGUCUGUAAAUAGUGAAGAAAAAACCAUUUAUGUGACAUUCAAAACAUUUGAGGAAAUAUGGAAAUUUAUCACAUACUACAUGAUAGGUUUGCUGGGUCACUGUUUAGAGAACGUGUUGCUGGACCAGACGGUGUGGCUCAAGUUUUUGGAGGAAGACGUUGCUAUUGAGGUCUCCAUUGAGGAGGAAACUCUUAACCUUUUCUACAAAGGCAUUCUCAUGCAGGAAGGGUCGUUGUUCGCAAGUUGUAGUGCCAACCAGAUGUUUGACAGUUCCACAUCCGGGGGAGACCUUUACCUAGAACAGGGUGAUAUAGCCCAGUUUGAGCCUCCUUUCCUGGGCUCUGGUUGGACGGUCCUCUGCCUGGAUGAUGGGGCCAGGGGCACUUCCCCUAAACCUGCUCUGGAUCCGCUCAUCCCCUUCCACCAAUGGUUUCUCAAAUCCUGUACGGAGAGCAUUUUGAUCGGUGAUGGAAAACCUACCUGUGAUUUCCCUCUGCAGUUUGCCAGAGGAGUGUGUGUGGCCACAGAGGAGUACGAGGCUGAGGGCCCCGAUGAGCUGAGUGUGGCCGCUGGGGAGCGCAUCGCUGCCAUGGGGUUUCUGGUGCCCUGUUUCGGCUGGUUCAUGGGGCGGAAGGAGGCAACUGGAGAAGUGGGACUUGUUAAGACAAGCCUGGUUAAACCAUCUGCUGAAAUUUUGGACUCAGCAGAUAUCAUUUUGGAUGGAGAAGAAUGGAUGUUCUCCGUCCAGCAUGAAGACAAAGUCAUGGAAGAAACAAUUGAUAUGUUGAAGAAGAAAUCACAAAUUGAUGUUGGUCAUAACUACAAACUGGAUAUGAUUGGCUCCCAAGACUCUGGGAAGAAUCCAUCAAGUGAAGUCAUGUCCUUUGACAGUACUCAUCAGACUGAACUGAAGAAGAAUAUCCUGAGGAUUCUUACUCAAGACAACCACUCUUCACCCGAUUCCGUUCUGACCAGGAACGAGAGUUCUGAGGGUCCACAAUGUCCGCCCAGUUUCACUGUUCACCCAGUUGUGGAGGAAAAGGACAACACAGAGAAUUUCACCCCCCUCUUCUCAUUUUUAGACGGACAAGACUAUAGACCGGACUUUGGAUUUCUCUAUGGUCAAAGCUCAGAACAGCUGAGUUCCACCAUCUUUUCCGGGCACCGCGAUGAGGAUGAGCUGAUUUCCUUUCUUAGUUCUGCCAGGGAGGCCGCCAGGAAGAGACGCCUGCUCUGGACCCAGACCCGUCUCUGCUUCUUGUUAGGUAGAUUCUGUGCUGGAAAGUCCAAGUUCAGCCAGGCCCGGGUCUACUUUGAGGAAUCCCUUUGCGUCCCACAGGAGGCCUUCACAGACCUUCAGCUGCUGGCCAGUAUCUACUCCAACCUGGCAGCCAUAUACCUUCUGCAGAAAAACCGAGAUAGCUUCUUUGAUGUAUCAGAUCGGCUUGUUGCCCUUCUAUUUGGAAUUCCUGAUUGCUUGAAAAGCAUGGAAGACGUAUCUGUUCUCAAAUACAUCCUGAAGAAAGCUGUUCUCUCUCACAACAGAGGAGCAGAGGCCCGGGCGUGUUACCUGCUGGCCAGACACCACUGGACCCGUGACCAGGGGGAUCUCGUUGCUCCUUAUCUUGAAAGACUACUUGUUUUAGGUGAUGAGGUUCAGAGAAAAUGGAGCAUCCCUUCCAGUUACACAUACCUGUGUUUGGGGGGGCUGUACAGCAAGCUAAACCUCCCCCAUCUCAGCGUGUGUUCCGCCAGGAGAGCCUCUCUGCAGCCGUCUGCCUCUCUGUCCCACAGCCUGAGCAGUGUGCUCUUAGUUUUAGACAACGUCGACAAACAAGACCAGAGCACAAACCAGGACACCUCUAUUCCGCCUGUAGUUGCUCCGUACUUACAGCAAGCCCUUUCUUUUAUUGAGAUCCAAAGAGGAGGAAGAAGUGCCUUGUGCUCGGUCUUGAGGCAUCAGCUCAGUCUCAGUCUAUCCCAACUUUAUUACCAGUGCAACAUGGUUAAACAUGCCAUCAGGCAGAUGGAUUCUCUCAUCAGCAGCAAUCCCUCUUCAGAACAGGUCCUCGUCUCUGUUUCGGAGAGAAACAGUGCACUCAUCUGGUUGGCCUGGCUUCACAUGAGCAACAGGCAGCAC